AUGUUUUCAAAAGAAGAAAAAGAAAACUAUAAAUUAACAAUUUUUUGUGGAAAUUAUAAUAUUAUUUUAUGUAUAAUAAUUUUAUCCAAAAUUGUUUUGGCCAAUGCACAAUCUCCACCAAAAAAUUUGAAUAUGAGGGUUACUGUUUAUGACCAACAUUUCUUUUAUAAUAACAAUUUUGAAACAGUAGGAGUUGCUUAUGUGACUAAGGGCUUAACAAUAACGAUGAAUAUAAUAAUAUAA